AUGAGCACUUCGAGCAACGACAUCAAGACCACUGUGGGCAUUAUCGGCGCCGGCCCUGCCGGUCUCCUCCUCGCACGCCUCCUGCUGCGCGCCGGCAUUGAGAGCGUCGUCAUUGAGGCCAAGGACCGCGAGUACGUCGAGCAGCGCCAGCGUGCCGGUAUCCUCGAGCAGGGCACCGUCGACGUCCUUCGCGAGGCUGGCGCCCACGAGCGUAUGGACAAGGAGGGCCUUGUUCACGACGGCGUCGAGUUCCUCUUCAACAAGAAGCGUUACCCCCUCCACUUCCCCACCCUCACUGGCGGCCGCUCGGUUAUGAUCUACGCCCAGACUGAGGUCUGCAAGGACCUUAUCUCCCUGCAGCUCAAGGAGGGCGGCCCCCUCCUCUUUGAGACCAAGGCUCUCGGUGUCGACGGCGCCAACACCCCCAACCCCUCGAUCCGCUUUGAGCGCAAGGACGGCUCGACCGGCACAAUCCACGCCGACUACGUUGUCGCCUGCGACGGCUACUGGGGUGUCGGUCGCGAGGCCAUCCCCAAGGAGCUCUGCCAGGACUACGAGCGCACCUACCCCUUCUCGUGGCUCGGUAUCCUUGCCGACGUUCCCCCUUCCAACGACGAGCUCAUCUACGCCCGUCACCCCCGCGGCUUUGCCCUUCUCUCCAUGCGUUCGCCCACCGUCUCGCGCUACUACCUCCAGGUCCCCGCCGGCACCGACGCCAAGGACUGGUCGGACGAGCAGAUCUGGGACGAGCUCGAGAAGCGCUGUGAGACCACCGACGGCUGGAAGGUCCAGCGUGGUCCCAUCACCCAGAAGAGCGUCACCCCCAUGCGCUCGUUUGUCCACGAGCCCAUGGCCUACGGCAGCCUCUUCCUCGCCGGCGACGCCGCACACAUUGUGCCCCCAACUGGCGCCAAGGGCCUCAACCUCGCUGUCGGCGACGUCGUGACCGUCGCCCGUGCCCUCAAGCACAAGGUCCAGACUGGCAGCGACGACCUGCUUAGGGCGUACUCGGAGACCUGCCUCCAGCGUGUCUGGCAGGCCGAGCGCUUCUCGUACGACAUGACCAACCUCCUCCACACCGACCCCAAUGCCACCCCCUUCGAGGACAAGCUCCAGAUUGCUCGUCUCCAGCGCAUCGUCUCCACUCCCUCGGCCGAGACCGACCUCGCGCUCGCCUACACUGGCUUCCCGUUGUAG